AAGAAGGGGAGAGUUUGAUGAAAUAAGCACUUGAAAACAGAAGUGUUUCUUUAAUAAUCUAAGCUGAGAUAACUAUAGAAGAAGCAACAGAUCAUGAUAUUUAUCUUUGGAUAUCUCGGAUAAACAUUUACUUUCUUUUGCGAUUAAUAAUCGGGUGAUUGAAUUUUUCAAUACGGAUAGAUAUUGCGCAAAGGGAAGCAAUUCUUAAGUGAUUGCCAGAUGAAACAACAACUUUAUCUAGGCUUUAAUUUAACCGAGAUUUUUUCUUUAAAAUAUUGUGCGUAAAAAAGUAUUAGGGUACAUUGAGGGAUAUCCGAUGGGGUCAACUUUUGGGUCGUCCCAAAAACCGACCGUAUCUUAGUCUCUUCCGGUACAAACAAGUUUCCUUCACUGUAAAUUAGUAAAUUUGUAAACACAUCUUGAAAACUAGUUUGUCAAAUAUGUAUCACACGUUUAAACAUGGCACGUCCAGGGCGAAGGGGGUUUGGAUGUAUUCUUUGACUGCAGAUAAUUAUAAUUAAUCUUCGACACUAUCAAUACUUUGUCAUCGACAUUUUGAAAUCUUUGUAAAUUAAUCUUUUCAAGGUAGUAAUUACGAAACUUAUCGAGCAACAAGCUAAGAAGAUAAAAGCGUGAUUGGUACAGCAAGUUGGAUUAGUAUCAAUCGCAACGGGAGUGGAUAAUCUAGCAACAAUGUGGUUUAAUUGUAUUGUAUUUUGCGUGUUACUGUUGACGGUCAAUGGCAUUAAUCAAAAGAUAGAAGACAUAAAUGCAUCGUUAUUUGGAAAUGAAAUCGAAAUAUGGGCAAAAGAGAAUCUGGAAACGGAGGCGUUCAAGGAGAUGAUAGAUUUAUUAAAAAUUCCUACGGAACUUCAAAACUCCGAUUGGAGAACUUUCAAAGCAGACAAGGGUGCUGCAAUUUGUACAACAUGUACAAGUAUAGUGGGAACAUUUAUGGAAUUUCGACGACAAGGCAUGUCUGAAGAAAAGAUUAAAAAGAAAGUGACUACAUUAUGCGUGUUACUGAAUAUUCAAAAGAAAAGAGUUUGCGAAGGAGCCAUCGCGCUAAAUUUGCCCAUUAUUUUGUACAUAGUGGAUUCUAGACCAAAUUUGACGGCUGAUACGAUUUGUGGUGUUGUCUUAGAAUCAAAAUCUUGUCCUUUAAACGAUCCCCAAUUUGACUGGACCAUUAAUAUAAAUAACGAUUCUCGCACAGCAAUUGCCGAUAAUUAUACAACGAAUAAAUUAAAAAUUUUGCAACUAACGGACAUUCAUUAUGAUCCUCUUUAUGAACCAAAUAGUAAUGCAAAAUGUGGAGAACCAGUUUGCUGUAGGAAAGGUCGAAAUGAAACUAAUAAGAAUUCAUUAGCUGGAUUUUGGGGAGAUUAUGAACCCUGUGACACCCCUUGGCAUGCCGUUGUCGAUGCUUUGACUCAUAUUAAUGAUACUCAUAAGGAUAUAGAUUAUAUAUAUUUUACUGGUGAUAUAAUAGACCAUGGAAUAUGGGAGACUUCAAAAGAAGGAAAUAUAGAAAGUCUGAAAAAAAUCUAUAACAAAAUUCAAACUAUUUUUAAAAACAUUCCGAUCUAUCCAAUUUUUGGAAACCACGAACCACAUCCUGUAAAUCAAUUUGCACCAGAAUAUAUCACAGAAGAUCAUUUAACUACAAAUUGGGUGUAUGAAUUAUUGGCAGAUUUAUGGAUUAAUUAUAAAUGGUUACCAGAAUCUGCGCGAUCUACUAUCCUUCAAGGAGGAUAUUAUACCUUCACCCCUAAAAAGGGAUUCAGGAUUAUAGCCUUAAAUAGUAAUAUAUGCUACUCUUAUAAUUGGUGGCUUUUGUAUGAUCCAAAAUACCCUGCCAAUCAAUUGCAAUGGCUUGCAGACACUCUUCUUAAUGCAGAGAAAAACGGAGAAUUCGUACACAUUUUAUCUCAUAUCCCUGCUAACAGCAACAGUUGUUUAAAUUCAUGGAAACGGGAAUAUGUAAAAAUAAUUUAUAGAUUUUCUCAUUUAAUUAAGGCUGAAUUUAAUGGACAUACUCAUAACGACGAACUAGUAGUAUUUUAUAAUUCCGAUACUAUGUACAAAAAUGUUGCCUGGAAUGGUGGUAGUAUUACCACUUAUUCAAGAUUGAACCCAAAUUAUAAAGUUUACACAGUAGAUGGUGGCAAUUAUGCAGUAAUUGAUUACCACAACUGGAUAUAUGAUCUCAAUUCGGCUAAUAAGUAUACUGAUAUAAGACCGAAUUGGUAUGAAUCAUAUUCUUUCAAAAAGGAAUAUGGCCUUCUUGAUUUAUCUGCUACAUCUCUAAGUAAUUGGCUUUUUUCAGCAACAAAAAAUGAAACACUUUUAAACAAGUAUUACAGAAACUUUUUCAAACAAGCGGAACCGUCAAUACAAGCAGGCUGUGACUUAAAUUGUAAGAAACAAUAUUUAUGUAAAAUAAUUGUAGCCGCUGAAAGUGUAGGGCCCUGCGUUUAAAACCAAUCAAAAAAAAUGCAUAUUAAACAAA